AUGGCAGCAGCAUUACAAGUCUCAUUUUCCCACUUCAUAAUACUACUAAUCUUCACAUCAUCUCUCAUAACCCACUCCUCCACAGCCACACCUCCGUCGGAAUGCCGCCUGAACUUCCCCGACCAAGCCCUCCCCACAAAUUCCGGCUACAUUCCGGUCAAUCCCGGCCGCUCUAACUCCGCCAUGUUCUACGCAUACUACAGAGCCCAGCACCCACUUCCGGGCCCAUCGUCACAGACCCCAAUCUUAAUCUGGCUCCAGGGCGGCCCAGCCUGCUCCUCCAUGCUGGGCAACUUCUUCGAGAUCGGCCCAUACCGAGUUUCCCAAUGUCACGAUGGGAAUCGAAACGACGUCUUUCUGAAACCCAAUCCGGGUACCUGGAACCGGAUAUUUGACUUGCUGUUCCUGGAUAACCCGAUUGGGUCCGGGUUCAGCUUUGCUUCCGACCCGGCAGAGAUUCCCAGAGACCAGGACGCCGUCGCCAAGCACCUUUACGCAGCCAUAACCGGGUUUCUCGAAUUGUACCCGGCGCUCAGGAGCCGUCAGAUUUACAUCACCGGAGAGAGCUACGCCGGGAAGUUCAUUCCUUCAAUUGGGUACUAUAUCGUGAAGCAGAACGAGCAACUGCCGGCUUCGAAACGGGUGAAUUUGAAAGGGAUUGCAAUUGGGAACGGAUUGACGGAUCCUGUGACUCAAGUUACCACUCCUGCUUCGACGGCCUAUAAUGUAGGUUUGAUAAACGAGAGGCAGAGGAGCGAGUUGGAGCAAGUUCAAUCGGAAGCGGUGAAGUUGAUCGACAUGAAGAAAUGGGCGCAGGCUACAAAUGCUGGAAAUAGAGGUGUGAGUUUGAUGAUGAACAUGACAGGUUUGGCCACAGAUUACGAUUUCACCAGGAAGAGGCCUUACGAGCAAUACCUGGUGACGCGAUUGUUUCGAUCCAAAGAUGCGAAGAGGAAGAUCGGCGCCAACGCAUCGAUAGAGUUCAACGUUUGCAGUACGAAAGUCAGGGCUAUGUUGAAUGGCGACGUGAUGCAGAGUGUGAAGUCGAAGGUGGAGGAGUUGCUGGUGAAGAAGGUCAUCAAGGUUUUGCUGUUUUCGGGGAAUUUGGAUAUAAGGCUGGGUGUGGCGUCCAAUGAGGCUUGGAUCAGGACGAUGAAUUGGGAUGGAAUUGAGAAUUUUAUGAAGGCUGAGAAGAAGGUAUGGAGAGUGAAAGGGAAAGGAAGCGAUCUGAGUGGGUAUGUUCAGAAGUAUGAGAGCUUGACCAGCGUCGUGUUAAUGGAAGCUGGGCACAUGGCAACUGCUGAUCAGACUGUUAACUCACAGGCUAUGAUUGAAGAUUGGGUUCUCGAUAAAGGCCUAUUCGGUAACAAAAGUCUGUAA